CACUCCAUCAACGUCCACAAUCAAACACCACCACCUACCUCCAACUCCUCCACCACCACCACCACCACCACUCCACCACAAACAACAACAACAAUAACAAUGGAAACACCAACAUGGGCAGCCUACGCCGCCGCAUGGUUAGCAACAGCAGCCAUCCUCCUCCUCUCCACCCACCUCCGCCGCCGCCGCACCCCCAAACUCAACCUCCCACCAGGCCCCAAACCCUGGCCAAUAAUCGGAAACCUAAACCUAAUCGGCUCUCUCCCCCACCGCUCCAUCCACGACCUGUCCCAAAAAUACGGCCCAAUCAUGCACCUCCGCUUCGGCUCCUUCCCGGUGGUCGUCGGCUCCUCCGUCGACAUGGCCAAAAUCUUCCUCAAAACCAUGGACGUAACCUUCGUUGGUCGCCCUAAAACGGCCGCCGGAAAGUACACCACCUACAACUACUCCGACAUCACCUGGUCCCCUUACGGCCCUUACUGGCGCCAAGCUCGCAAAAUGUGUUUAAUGGAGCUUUUCAGCGCCAAACGCCUCGAAUCCUUCGAAUACAUUCGAAACGAAGAAAUGAAAUCUCUCCUCACACAACUCUUUAAGUUGUCUGGCGAUUCGAUCCUGUUGAAACAUCAUUUGUCUACCGUAAGUUUGAAUGUGAUUAGUCGGAUGGUUUUGGGGAAAAGGUACUUGGAUGAAGAUGAGGAGGAUUCGAUUGUGAGUCCCGAUGAAUUUAAGAAGAUGUUGGAUGAGUUGUUCUUGUUGAAUGGGGUGUUUAAUAUUGGGGAUUCGAUUCCGUGGAUCGAUUUCUUAGAUUUGCAAGGGUAUGUGAAGAGGAUGAAGGUUUUGGCGAAGAAGUUUGAUAGGUUUUUGGAACAUGUUCUUGAUGAGCAUAAUGAGAGGAGGAAGGUUGAGGGAGAUGAGUUUGUGGCUAAGGAUAUGGUGGAUGUGUUAUUAGAGCUUGCUGAUGAUCCUACUCUCGAAAUCAAACUUCAGAGACAUGGCGUCAAGGCUUUCACCCAGGACCUACUCGCGGGUGGAACCGAGAGCUCGGCAGUAACUGUAGAAUGGGCAAUCUCGGAGCUCCUGAAAAAACCCGAGAUCUUCAAAAAGGCAACCGCAGAGCUAGACCGGGUCAUCGGGCGAGAUAGAUGGGUUGAAGAAAAGGACAUAGCAAACCUACCUUACAUCGAAGCAAUCGUCAAAGAAACAAUGAGAAUGCACCCGGUGGCUCCAAUGCUUGUCCCCCGGCAAUGCCGUGAAGAUUGCAAGGUGGCCGGCUACGACAUUGCCGAGGGAACGCGGAUCCUCGUCAGCGUCUGGACAAUCGGGCGUGACCCGGAAUUAUGGGAUGCCCCGAAUGAAUUUUGCCCCGAUAGGUUUAUUGGAAAGGCAAUUGAUGUGAAAGGGCAUGAUUUCGAGUUGUUGCCGUUCGGGGCGGGUCGGAGGAUGUGCCCGGGUUAUAGUCUCGGGUUGAAAGUGAUUCAGGCAAGUUUGGCAAAUCUCUUACAUGGGUUUACUUGGGAUUUGCCAAGGAAUGUGAAUAGAGAGGAUCUGAAUAUGGAGGAAAUAUUUGGGCUUUCGACGCCUAAGAAGUUUCCACUCAUCGCCGUCGUUCAACCUCGGCUUCCACUUCAUCUCUAUGCUAUGUGAAACAAUGGUGGUUUGCUUUUGAUGUUUCAAAAAUAUUAGUAAUUACAUUUUGCCAAAAGUGGGCUUGCUUGCCUUCAUAGAUUUGUAGUCAUUUUGUAAUAAUGUUUAAAAUGUUGUGUCUGAUCCAAAUAUAAACUCUCUGUAUUGUGUGAUGUAACUUAUUUUAAGUUGAAAACUUAUUUCGCCAUUGAU